CGGGCGUCACAGGAUAGAUGCCGGAGACCGGGAGUAGCGUUGCUCAGUAACCGAAUCGUUGAGCGGCAGACGAGUCGACGCCUUAAAAUUUUUUGCACGCCGUUAUUUUUUAUUUAGUUAGUUUUUUAUUAACUCACGAUGACAUAAUCCAAAAUCCUGCGUAUAUAGAGCUACCUACAGUCGUCGACUACAAAAACUGUAAUUAGAUAGAAUAAUAAAGAGAGAAAAUGGGUGUGAAGCGGAAGGAAGAUGGAGCAGCGGUAGCGGAGGAUGUGGCUCCAGCCGAAGACAAUGGAAUUGAACUGAAGCCCAAAAUGAGCCUUUUGAACGGCGUCACCGUCAUCGUGGGUAGCAUCAUCGGCUCCGGAAUAUUCAUAUCGCCGACGGGCGUGUUGGAAAACACCGGGUCGGUGAACGCUUCGUUGAUCGUCUGGGUCUUGUCUGGCGUAUUUUCGAUGGUCGGCGCUUACUGUUACGCGGAACUGGGAUGUAUGAUAUCCAAGUCCGGAGCAGACUACGCGUACAUCAUGGAGACGUUUGGCCCGUUUAUAGCUUUCAUGCGACUGUGGGUGGAGUGCAUGAUCGUCCGACCGUGUUCGCAAGCCAUCGUCGCCCUCACGUUUAGCCUUUACGUGCUGAAACCCAUGUAUACCGACUGCGAUCCACCCGAAGAGUCCACACGACUGCUAGCCGCCUGUUGCAUAGUGUUAUUGACGUUUAUCAACUGCUGGGACGUUAAGUGGGCAACACGCGUACAAGACAUUUUCACCUAUGCCAAGUUGUUAGCUCUCAUGGUCAUUAUUACCACGGGGGUUUACCAAUUAUACGCAGGGCAUACCGAACAUUUUACGUUUGUUAAUACAAAAACUGAAGUUACCUCGAUUGCUCUCUCGUUUUAUUCUGGCCUUUUUGCGUAUAACGGAUGGAAUUAUUUAAACUUCGUGAUUGAAGAAUUAAAAGAUCCUAUACGAAACCUGCCAAGAGCAAUAGCAAUAUCAUGCAUACUCGUCACCGUCGUGUACGUCUUCACUAAUAUAGCUUUUUAUACAACUUUGUCGCCACAAGAAGUCCUGACUUCGGAAGCUGUCGCCGUUACGUUCGCGGAAAGACUGUACGGUCCAAUGGCAUGGACGAUUCCUGUGUUUGUUGCUUUAUCUACAUUUGGCGCUGUCAACGGCAUUCUGCUGACAAGUUCAAGAUUGUUCUACGCUGGAGCUUUGGAGGGACAAAUGCCACAGAUCCUGACAAUGAUCCAAAUCAAUCGACUGACACCCACGCCGGCAGUCAUAUGCAUUUGCUUGCUGUCUCUGAUAUAUUUGCAGAUAUCUAACAUUUACGCUCUCAUUAAUUACGUGGGAUUUGCGACAUGGGUAACAUCGGGCGUGUCGGUUUUGUGCAUACCGUGGCUUCGUUACACUCAACCCGAUUUGAAAAGGCCGAUCAAAGUCAAUAUGUUCUUCCCGGUCAUUUACAUCGCCGCCACACUUUUCGUGACUAUAAUACCGAUAAUCGCUAGUCCGGUCGAAACAGGGUAUGGAUGUUUAAUGAUAUUAACUAGUAUACCGGUGUAUGGUGUGUUCAUUUUUUGGAAAAACAAGCCUAUGAUAUUCCACAAAAUCGUCGGGUGUUUAACACGUUACCUCCAAAUACUACUGAUGGUGACCACAUCAAAAACGCCGGCCAAAGUUUAAAACGCAAACACUCUAUCAUAAUCAUCACAACAAAACGUCUAUAGUUCUAUAUUACAACCGUUAACCAACAAUAAUAAUUCCAAUAAAUAAUAAUCAUAAUAAUAAUAUUAUAAUAUGUUAUGUGUGCUAUAAUAUGUAUUUUAUAAGUAUAUCGACCUAAAACUAAACAAUAAUAUAAAAGACAACGGAUUUUAUAUUAGGUACAUACAUUAUAUAAUAUUAUAUUAAGUGCUAUUUAAAAAUAUUUUUCUGUUUUACAUAGGAUUAAUUGUAUAUACUGAUGUUGCCCAACAUAAGUAUAUUUAUAAAAAUGUUAAUAAUAUUAACGAAGAUAUUACCUACAUGAUUAUCACCUAUACGACUAUACCUAUAAGUAGGCUACCUAUAUAUAGUGAUUAUACUUUUUACAUAAUACAAUUGUUUAGUCAAUUGAUACAUCAUAUUGUUUUUAUACCAAAUACCAAAUCAGUAUUCAUAAAUGACAAUAAUUAACUACUUAUUUAUAAUAAUUAAAAUUGACUGUUAAAAUAAAAAGCUAAUAAUUACAAUUUAUAUUUUUUUAUGAUUUGUAAGGUUUUUUUUUUUUGGUUGAAUUAAACUCAAAUGGUUGUAAAUUU